AUGCCACUUCCUACCCUUCCCUCGUCUCCUCCUCUCUCUCCUCUCUCUCCCCUCUCGCCGUGCCCGUCUCCCGUGUCGACCUCUGCCACUUCGCUCUGCGCCUGUGCGCCGUCCCGAGCGGUUCCGCUCUCUUCACCUUCUAGGGCGCGUGCAGAGGCCACCGCCGAGCGGAGUGCACUGACUAGCGGAGAGAAGAACCCAUCCACCAUGGACGAUACGCGAAGCUCCGAAACCUCCCUCGAGUCUUCGCCCGUCUUCCUCUCCCCCAAGGAUGACAGCGACGUUGCAGAGGCCUCUCCAGACAGCGCCGCACUCCGUCUGGCGACGAGGAGGACUGAAGACCUCGUCACGGGCAAGUGUGCGCGUACGCCGCGAGAGGCGCUUCGACGCGCAGCGACGGAAACCGGCGAACAGGGAGCAGGACAAACACGCCGAAGGAGCGACAGCUCUGUGCGCGCUGACGGCCAAAAGGACGUGUGCGGGUCAAUGGAAGGCGCGAGGCUAGGAUGGGCUGAAGGACUACCUCGCAGCAGCUUGAAGGAAUUCGGGAAGAUCUCGAGGAGAAAAGAAAAACUUCCAACAGAGAAAGGCAGGCGUCUCACGCCAGCGCCGACCACAGCGAGCGAGAAAAACGGACCGAGCGGCUCUGUCCCUCAGGCAGCUACACAACCAGAGGAGAAAGAGGCACCAGAGAGGCAAGGGCAGGACGGUCACAUCGACGCACCCAUGCGCGCAGAGCGGCGAGAGAGCGAGAGCUUCACGGCAUCGUCAGUUGUGUCCCCAGAAUCUUUGACCGAAGACGACUUCGAAAUCCCACGGCGAGAGGCCUCAGCGCUGGUGACACGAGAAGCCACGACGACAGCUAGCGAAGAAGACGAGGAAGACGGCGAGGCUGGAGCUGCUAGGGAAGACCAGAGGGAGGACAAAAAGACUCCUUUCUCGGUGUUUUUCUCGCCGCAAAAGCGUGUGGUGGACAUCUUCCCUGCACCGUUCGCACAGCGACAGCACCCUGCGAAGCGGGAGACGCGUUUCGGCACGCCUGCGGCCGCUUCCUCCGCAGGCCUACGAGCGGCUCUCCGAGGGGACACGUGGAAGGGACUAUUCUUGGCGGCCGCGCGCUGGAUGGCUGUUACUCUCUUUUCUCUGCUUCUUCUUCUUGCCAAGCUCGCUUGCUCUCUGUGGGCAGCUCUCGCUCGCUCGCUGCUCCCUCUCGGGUUCGUUGAGCGCGUCGAAGGACGCGCGGCGCACACUGUGGACGCCGUGAAGGGCUUCCUUCUCGCGUGUCGACAGAAGAAGCGCAUGGCAUUGGCUGGCACUGACUGCCGCUCUGCGCAAUCUCAUGUCUCGUGCUUCCCCCCGUUGUUCUCGCUUGCUUCUGUUCCAACCGCGUCGCUGUCCUCGCCAGCAGAAGCCCUGCAGGCUCUCCACACGACGGCAGAAGCUUCCGCUGGAAAAGGCCCAGCAGCAUCUGCAGAGGAGGAAAAACCACGUGGCACGAAAGAAGACAAAGAAGUGGACUUCUUCGGCCUGACGCCUGACGACAUCCUGGCUUUGGGUGAGAGCAGCGCCCUCUCCCCCCCCGCCCCCCCCACAGGCGGGCGUCCACCGAGCGGUGGCGCAGAUGCCUCUCCCCUGGCGGGGGCUGGCGCGGCGAGUUUGUAG